AUGGAUAGAACGAUUGAUCUUUUUUCAUGUUCAAAAGCGGACUCUCGUGGAGUCGUUGUUAUGAUGAAAAAAGGUGAAAGAGCGGGUUUGCUCGACUGCUGGAGGAGUCGAUUUCGUGAUUAUAAAGGCAAAUACCAUGUUCUUCUUUCUGUGGACAUGAUCGAUAGAUCACUCGUUCAUGAUAUUCUGGCAUCAAAUUGUAUAGCAGGUCUGAUGAUAGUCGAUCCUGAGUCGAAGUUAGAUCCCAGUGAAGCUUUAUCACAUGACGGUGCCUGUCCAAAUCCUAGAAGUGUUAUUGGCAGUGCAAAAGUCAAUGAGUGGGAAGAAGUUGGCGAGAUAUGUGUGCGCGUGAACAAGAGAGUAGCCCGAAGUAUCUACCAUGAAGGAUGUCAAUCUGUGUGGAAUGAAGGUUAUAUCUUGCCUGAAGGCCUGAGAAAUAUCGACUGGAAAAUGCAGAUAUUGUAUCUGUUCAACAGUACACAUAUAGACGCCAUAAAAAAGUGUCACGACCUGUUCAAUGUUCCCACCGGUGGUGCAUCGUCUGUGUCGUUUCCUUUUUGUGCUGCUUCUUUUGGAGUUUUCAGCACGGCUGCGGGUUCGAGCGAAAUAUGUCAUAGGAGAAGUCAGCCUUGGUCACGGUUGCUAGAUCUCACGAUCGAGAAUAAGGAUGAUCUAUGUACUCCUCUUACUGGCGUAAACGUUAUGGCUUAUUUACCACCCAAAGUUUACAACGGAACUGCAGCUCAUUCGACGAGAUAUCUGAUGCUUUGUGCGCGGUUGGAUAGUUUUGGUAUUAUUCCGGAGGUCUCAGCUGGCGAAAUCAGUGUGCUUACAUCUGUUAUUGCCCUCUUAGCGACUACACGAGCCAUUGGACAGCAUCUGGAAGUUUUUGAAAGGGCAGCUAAUGCAUCUGACCGUCAUGUUAUCGUCGCUUUCUUUGAUGGGGAAUCUUUUGAUUACAUUGGAAGCAGUGAUGCGGCUUACGACAUGCUCUUGCUAAUGCAGUUCCUUAGCUUAUUGAUUGGUGGAACCUUCAAAAUCAACCUUCAAACUCCAAUUCUCUAUUUCCUGUGUAACGUUGUUCCCGUGCUUCUGAGAUUUGAGCACAUAGCGCAUUGUCGUCUCGUAUGAAU